UAUGUGACUAAUUGAAUAAAUUUAAAUCAACAACUUAAAAUAGUAAAUAUUUUAAUAUUCUUUAAAAAUAGUAACAAAAAAACCAACAAUUAAUUCGUUUGUAAUAAAAUAUUAACAAAUCUUUUGCAAACUUAACGUGAAUAUUUUCAAACUUCCCUACGAGUUUCCUAAAGGAAGCUAAAAAUUGUCCGCCUAUCCAAUUUGAAUGCAAUAUUUAUACAAAAUUUAUUUAGAAAAUUAUUUUGUUAACUAAGGAAUACUGUGGAUAAAAGCAGAAAAAAGUAUUCAGAUUAUUACCAAUCACAUUUAGCUUACCUCUAGGUUAAUAAAUAUAAAAAUGGGUGGACUUAUCAGUUACUUUAGAGGUUUACUUGGUUCACGUGAAAUGCGUAUCCUUAUUCUUGGACUUGAUGGCGCUGGAAAAACCACAAUACUUUACAGACUUCAAGUUGGUGAAGUCGUGACUACUAUUCCUACAAUCGGAUUUAAUGUCGAACAAGUCACAUACAAAAAUCUUAAAUUUCAAGUAUGGGAUCUGGGUGGACAAACGUCGAUAAGGCCUUAUUGGCGCUGUUAUUAUAGCAAUACAGACGCAAUCAUUUACGUCGUGGAUUCUGCUGAUAAAGAUAGAAUAGGAAUAUCAAAAGAUGAACUGCUAUAUAUGUUGCGUGAAGAAGAGUUGGCUGGCGCUAUUCUUUUAGUUCUUGCAAAUAAACAAGAUAUCGAAGGCUGUCUUUCAGUAGCUGAAGUUCAUCAAGCGUUAGGCCUCGACGCACUUAAAAAUCGAACAUUUCAAAUCUUUAAAACAUCAGCGACAAAAGGUGAAGGACUUGAUCAGGCAAUGGAUUGGCUAAGCAACGUUCUACAAUCGAAGAAGUAGUCUUAAUUAAUUUCAUACAUUCGAGUAAUUUCUUUUUAUUUUAUUAUGAUGGAAUUAAAUUUUUAAUUAAAUUAAAUUAAUCGCUUUACUCCCAGAAAUUUAUAUGUCCCUGAAAAUCGAACUUUUUUCUUCAUCAGUUACAGUAAAUAAAUAAUAAUCAAAUAAAUUGCAUCAUGAUGCAGUCAAAUUAAAUUUCUCACUUUUAAUGUUUUU